AUAGCAGGCUGCAGCAUCCCUCUGUCCCAUACUCGGAGUAGUGAAUAAUCAUCCCUGCGUAAUACUCAAACCACAAAGCUAACCCUGUGCUCCCCAUUCUGGUGCACCUUCGCUUUCCUGGCUCUCUCUUCUUCUCCUUCUCCUUCCCCUUCCCCUUCCCCACCACCUCCUGCUUCAUUCAUAUACUCUCUCUCUGGAUCUGUAAUCCCCUCUCUCUCUAGAACGCCAUGGGAUUUUGUAGAUCCCUCGCACUCCGUUCAUUGAUCUCGGCGAUCGUUCUUCUGCUUUUCACUCACCAUGUUCACUCCUUCUACCUUCCCGGCGUCGCUCCCCAGGAUUUUCAGAAGGGUGAUCCGUUGAGUGUGAAAGUGAAUAAAUUGACCUCUACGAAGACUCAGCUUCCUUACUCAUAUUAUUCUCUUCCUUAUUGUCGUCCAAACACUAUAGUUGACAGCAGAGAGAAUCUUGGGGAAGUAUUGCGUGGUGAUCGUAUUGAGAACUCCCCUUAUGUGUUUACUAUGCGCGAACCACAGAUGUGCAAAAUUGUCUGUCGGCAAACACUUGAUGCCAAAACUGCAAAGGAAUUCAAAGAGAAGAUUGAAGAUGAGUAUCGUGUCAACAUGAUACUGGAUAACCUUCCUCUGGUGGUUCCCAUACAAAGGCUAGAUCAGGAAUCUCCACCGGUAUAUCAGCUGGGCUUUUAUGUUGGGCUCAAAGGGCAAUACGCCGGAAAAAAGGAUGAGAAAUUUUUCAUACACAAUCAUUUGACAUUUACUGUCAAGUAUCAUAAAGACAUGCAGACCGAUUCAGCAAGGAUCGUGGCCUUUGAGGUGAAGCCAUUCAGUGUUAAACAUGAAUAUGAAGGAAAGUGGACUGUGAAUACUCGUUUAAGCACUUGUGAUCCACACACAAAACGCAUGGUUUCUAACUCCAACACUCCCCAAGAAGUUGAAGCGAACAAAGAAAUUGUAUUCACAUACGAUGUUGAGUUCCAGGAGAGUGAGGUGAAGUGGGCAUCAAGAUGGGACACAUAUCUUCUAAUGAGCGAUGACCAAAUCCACUGGUUCUCAAUUGUCAACUCCUUGAUGAUUGUUCUCUUUCUGUCCGGCAUGGUGGCUAUGAUAAUGCUGCGGACACUCUACCGUGACAUCUCUAGGUACAAUGAACUUGAGACUCAAGAGGAGGCCCAAGAAGAAACAGGAUGGAAACUAGUCCACGGCGACGUUUUCAGGCCACCAAAUAACUCUGAUUUGUUAUGCGUCUAUGCUGGAACAGGCGUUCAGUUCUUCGGAAUGAUGCUUGUUACUAUGAUCUUUGCCAUCCUAGGGUUCCUCUCGCCUUCAAACCGUGGCGGACUAAUGACAGCAAUGCUCUUGCUCUGGGUUUUCAUGGGACUCUUCGCUGGUUACGCCUCUGCACGUUUGUACAAGAUGUUCAAAGGAACAGAAUGGAAGAGAAUCACUCUCAGGACUGCUUUUAUGUUCCCAGGCAGUGUCUUUGCCCUCUUCUUCAUCUUAAACACACUCAUCUGGGGUCAGAGAUCUUCAGGAGCCGUGCCAUUUGGGACAAUGUUCGCUCUGGUCUUUUUGUGGUUCGGGAUUUCAGUCCCACUCGUGUUCGUGGGUGGCUAUGUCGGGUUCAAGAAACCAACAAUUGAAGAUCCGGUGAAGACGAACAAAAUCCCUAGACAGAUUCCCGAGCAGGCAUGGUACAUGAACCCGCUCUUUUCAAUUCUCAUCGGAGGCAUUCUUCCAUUUGGAGCUGUGUUCAUCGAGCUCUUCUUCAUCCUCACCUCGAUCUGGCUCAACCAGUUCUAUUACAUCUUUGGGUUCCUCUUUAUAGUCUUCAUCAUCCUGAUCAUCACUUGCGCCGAAAUAACUAUCGUGCUCUGUUACUUCCAGUUGUGCAGCGAAGAUUACCUGUGGUGGUGGAGAUCAUACUUGACAUCAGGCUCAUCGGCUCUUUACCUGUUCCUCUAUGCUACUUUCUACUUCUUCACAAAGCUUGAUAUCACAAAGCCGGUUUCAGGGGUACUGUAUUUUGGGUACAUGUUGAUUGGUUCAUAUGCGUUCUUCGUGUUGACCGGUACCAUUGGUUUCUAUGCAUGUUUUUGGUUCACAAGGCUGAUUUACUCGUCAGUGAAGAUCGAUUGAUGAAGUGCGUGGAUUUUGAUGGCAGGCUAUACCAUCUUCUGUUUUAUAAAUGGUAGUUGAGGUUGAAGAUUAAUGUAUUGAGUGGUAUUGAUUUGAAUGUGACCAUAUUUGUGUUCAUUUUUGAACGGUGACAAGGUCAGUAAGCCAUUGUUAUAGUAAUAGUAUUCUCUUCUCUUGUCUUCUC